AUUCCCAAAGGAUUCUCUGUGAAUGAAGAAGUAGAACUAGGUGUUAUAAUUGGUCUGAAAGCCAAAGGAGUUAAUGAAGAUGAAGCAUUGAAUUAUGUAGGAGGUUACUGUUUGGCUUCUUAUUCGUGUAUUUCUUAUCUUAUCUCUCCUUGUCACUCCUAUAAUUCUCCUCAGAAAGAAGCUAGGAGCACUGGGGGAUCCUGGACCCUAGGCAAAGGCUUUGAUACCGCAACUCCCGUCAGUAAAUUCAUCCCAAAAUCUCAAAUACCUGAUCCACAUAAUAUAACCAUUUGGUGUACAGUGAAUAAAAUUCUACGGCAAAAUGCUUGCACCGUUGAUUUGGUCUUCGAUAUACCCUUUUUGAUAAGUUAUAUAUCCCAAUUCAUCACUUUGGAACCAAACGAUUUGAUUCUGACUGGAUCUCCUCCUGGAAUGGGGCCAGUCCGAAACGAAGACGUUAUAAAUGGAGGUAUAAAGGGAUUAAUGGAAAUGGAAUUCAAAGUAGUCUCAGAAGAUUAAUUUAUUUAUUUUUAUGACAGAUUCAAGGAAAUGUAACUGUAUCGUUCAACCAUAUUCAGAUACUUGUCUUGCGUUUCUGUAUCUAUUACGGCAUAUAAAUAGUGGAUUAUAUAAGCUAUUGUCGAACCCAAAAGCGCUCCACCUAUUACAUCUGAAAAAAAUAAAAUGUUUGAGAAA